AUGAGUUUUAUUCGUGGUGGGUUGCUUUCAAAACAAACUAUUAUAACUAUGGAGUAUCGACAUCUUCAUUUACUAAAGAAACAAGGUUAUAUAAAUGGAGAGUGGGUAAACGCUAAGAACAAUGGUUCUUUUCCGGUGCUAGACCCGGCGAACGACAAAGUUAUAACUGAUGUACCUGAUAUGGAUGCAAGUGACGCUAAAGCGGCGGUUGAUGCUGCUGCUUGUGCUUUUAAAACUUGGAGAGACACCACAGCAAAGGAACGAUCAUCUAUACUUAGAAAAUGGUUUGAUAAUUGUCAAAAAAACACUGAACAUUUAGCUGAAAUUAUUACAGCAGAAGCUGGGAAACCUAUGAUUGAAUCAAAAGGAGAAAUUGUUUACGGAAAUUCCUUUUUGGAAUGGUAUGCUGAUACAGCUCGUCAUAUAAACGGAGAGGUUAUCCCAAGUCCUUGGCCUAACAAACAUAUCAUGGUAACACGACACCCUCUUGGUGUUGUUUCAAUAAUUACACCGUGGAAUUUUCCUUUUGCUAUGAUAACUCGUAAAGUUGGAGCACUUUUAGCAGCUGGUUGUACAUGUGUUAUAAAGCCAGCUGAAGAUACUCCCUUAACAGCUCUAGCUGCAGUAGAGUUAGCUUUGCAGGCUGGUGUACCAAAAGGUGUUAUUAAUGUUAUAACUUCAAGUAGGAAGAAUGCUCCUGGUGUCGGGAAAGUUUUGUGUGAAGACCCUCAAGUUGGAUGCAUCUCCUUUACUGGUUCAACAAAUGUUGGCAAGAUAUUGUAUGGAAUGGCAGCUAAAGGUAUCAAGAGAGUUUCAUUAGAACUAGGUGGAAAUGCCCCAUUUAUUGUUUUUCCUAGUGCUGAUAUAAAUCAUGCAGCUGAUCAAGCUAUGUUGGCUAAGUUCAGAAACAAUGGGCAGGCAUGUGUUGGAGCAAAUAGGUUCUUGAUACACCAAGAUGUAUUUGAUCAAUUUGUGCAGUGCUUCAAGUCAAAAAUUCAGGACCGUUGCAUAUUGGGGCCUGGUAAUAAAGAAGGUGUUACAUGUGGGCCCCUAAUUAAUGAUGCUCAAGUCAAGAGUGUAUCUAACUUAGUUGAUGAUGCUGUUUCCAAGGGUGCAAAAGUCUUAGUUGGUGGAAAAAUUGCAAAAAGCAUCGGAGAAAAGUUUUAUGAGUCUACAAUGCUAAUAAAUGUUAAAAAGGAAAUGAAAAUAUAUGAAGAGGAGAUAUUUGGACCAGUUGCUGUUUGUCUUAAGUUUAAGACUGAGAGUGAGGCCUUGGAAAUUGCUAACAGCACUAAAAGUGGAUUAGCAUCAUAUGUUUUUACAAAAGAUCUUGGUCAGGCAUUCAGAAUGUCUCGUCAGCUUGAGUUUGGUAUGGUUGCCAUAAAUGAUGGUGUUUUAUCAAGUGCUGAACCACCAUUUGGAGGAGUUAAGGAAUCUGGUAUAGGAAGGGAAGGAAGCAAACACGGAGCUGAGGAGUAUACUGAUAUAAAAUAUACACUCUUUUCAGCUUUGGACAAAUAA